CAGCACAACCAGGACUUCUCAACAUUCUCAGCCUUCUCAGUUCUCACAUCUCCAAUUCCUUUAGCAAAGCAAAAAACUCAAAAAUCACAAACCAGCUCCCCUACAAGACCAUCUAGCAAUGGCAGAGAAGAACCAGAACCAAUACCAACCACCCGAAUCGAACGGCUUUCGCCGGAACGAUCAAGAAUCGCUUCAUACCAUGGAGGAUGUGGAGGCCAAGCGCAAGAAGAGGAUGAAAUGGACGAUCGGCAUCAUCGCCUUCGUCAUCUUUCAGGUAGUCCAAGCUCUCUUCUUUGUCCUGGUCAUCAUGAAGUUCAAGUCCCCCAAGUUCAGAGUCAGCGACUUUGCCGUCCAGACUCUGAACGUUGGGACUCAGGCAUCACCUUCGUUCGAUAUGAGCUUCGUUGCUCCGAUCCGAGUCAAGAACACCAAUUGGGGUCCCUUCAAGUACGACGCCUCCACCGUUGACUUCACUUAUGGAGGUGUCCAGGUGGGACAAGUGAUCAUUCCAAAAAGCAAGGCCAACUUCAAGUCCACCAAGAAGAUCGACAUGAAUGUGGCUUUGAGCUCUGCCAAUUUACCCAGCAGUAUUAAUUUGAAUCUAGGGAGCGACUUGAACUCGGGGGUCAUAACAUUGAACAGUCAAGGCGAGCUUAAAGGAAAGAUCACAGUCAUGUUCAUAUUCAAGAAGACGAAGAUCUCGCAAAUGAAUUGCACCAUGGCAAUCAGUACCUCGACAAAGGCGGUCCAAUCCUUGUCGUGUAAAUGAGGAUAGUGAGUGUGAUUCUCCGUGAUUCAUGCUUUGUGAGCCCGCUCAAAUAUUUUCUUUCCACAAAUUUUCCGUGGAUUAAAUAGCGAAAUUCAUUUAUUUCUAUCUUAUAGUUGAUUGGGGUUA